UUGAAGGGUAAGGCUAAUUCCUCUUGAAUCCUUCAUGGCUUCAUUCAUAUAUGUUUUCUUUUGAUUAAGAACAGUGAUGAGAGUGAGUUACUAGUAGCAAUGGCUAACAGCUUGAAUUUGGGUUAUUUCUGAGCAAAAAAAAAAAGGGUGUUUCAGCCCUUCACCAUGCCUCUAUCCGAGCUAUAUCGGAUGGCUAGGGGGAAGCUCGAUUCAUCUCAAGACAAGAACCCUUCAAGUUCAACUGAUCCAUCUAUUGUGUAGACCUGAGGAUGAUUUUGUUGAACUGGUUUGGGAGAAUGGUCAAAUUUCGAUGCAAGGUCAGUCUAGUGUAGCUAGAAAGGUUCCUGCUUGUAACAGCUUACAAUCCCACAGUUUUAAGAUUAGAGAUAAAUAUAUAGGCAAUGGAGGAAAUAGUUCAAAAAUGGGAAAGUUUGGGGUGGUGGAUGCGGUAUCGAGUGAAGUUCUAAUGUCGGCGCCGUCUCAUGAUGAUGAUGUGGUGCCUUGGUUAAAGUACUCAGAGAAUGAAUGUUCUGAUAUGUUGCCUGGAUUAUCUGGGCUCACUACAAAUAAGAUCCCAACUGAUGGUAGCUUAGCUUCAUUUAAUCAAAGACGCCAAUCCAUCAGUGAUUCCUUUACUGUUUCUCUGAAUGCUGCUGCGGAUUUCAAACAAGGAAAGUUGGCAAAGGUUCCUAAACCGGCAGAUGACGAAGCUAGGCUGAGAAGUGGUACCAGCGAGUGGCCACAGCUAUGUCAAGUGUCUUCAUCGUAUCUUAGAUCAAGAAAUUUAGAGAGUAUUGGUAAUAACCCGAGCCAUGCCUUUUUCAGAGACACGAUGGGAGUUCAACUGUCAGAUGAGACUUUGCGUGGUGUUAAGAUGCAGAAACAAGAUCCAGUUGCACCUUGUAAUAAUACCGUCUUGAUGAAUUUUUCCCAUUUUUCACGUCCUGCUGCUCUUGUUAAAGCUAGUCUUCAGAAUAUAGGUGCUAUGGCUAGGAUUGAGAGUAAGGAAACAGGGUUUGCAGCCAGUACUAGGGGCCCUGUUGAUUCCAAGGCCAUUGAUUCAAAUAUCAAGUUACAGAAGGAAAACUUUUUACAUUGCCAUUCUACAAUAGUGCCGAUGAAGACUGAUAUAAAACAAUCUGAAGCUAAGUCUCCAGAUGAGCCAGUUGCUGCUGAACCAAAUGAUGCCAUCUGUGAAGAAUAUGUCCUGAAAAGUGAUAAAAUAUCUAGUCAAGUUAUUGAUGAAAAUGCUUCCAAAUGCCUGCCAGAGAGUGGUAAGGCUGUAGAGUCUGUGCUUGCUGCUUCUGUUUUCUGUGAAAAUAGUGUAGAAAGAGCUUCUGACGAUCCAGUAGUACAUAAUUUGAAGAAAAAAAACCAUGAUAAUGAGGAGUUUGAAUGUCCUAGCGAAGAUGCUGAAGAAGAAUCUGUAGGUGUGAAAAAAGCAGUUCCCACUCGAGGAGGUAAGGGGUUCAAGAGAAGCCGGGCAGCUGAAGUGCAUAAUUUAUCUGAAAGGAGGCGAAGGGAUAGGAUAAAUGAGAAGAUGCGUGCUUUACAGGAGCUCAUACCUAACUGCAACAAGGUGGACAAAGCUUCAAUGCUUGAUGAAGCAAUUGACUAUCUUAAGACACUCCAACUACAAGUGCAGAUUAUGUCUAUGCGAGCUGGCUUAUCUGUGCCACCGAUGAUGUUGCCAACUGGAAUGCAACACAUGCAUGCCACUCAAAUGGCUUAUUUUUCAUCCAUGGGUUUUGGAAUGGGUCUAGGUAUGGGUUUUGGGAUGCCAUUUCCUGAAACGAAUACUAUAGCUUCUGCUUUCCCUAUGGUUCAGGUGCCUCCAGUCUGUGGAGCACCUUUUUCUGGCUCAGGCCCUCAUUUGUCAGGUUCGACUGCAUUCCAUGAGAUGCCAGGAGCUAACCUCCCGCUAUAUGGUCUUCAUGGUCAAGGACUUCCAAUGUCGAUGCCAGGUGCACCUUUAUUUCCUAUUCCUGGUGGACACCUCAUGAAAUCAGCCAUUGGAUUGAGUGCCUGUGGACUGGGAGGUCCUAUGGACAAUAUGGAUUCAGCUACAGCUUCUAGUUCAAAGGACCCAAUUCAGAAUAUCAACUCACAAGUGGCACAGAAUACUAACAUCAAUAGCUCAAUGAAUCAGACAUCUACUCAGUACCAAACAGCAAAUGAAAGUUUUCAACAGCCAGCUGAAGUGCAAGAGAAUGGUCGAGCCUCAGAAAUCACUGGUAGUGUACCUUUUAGAUCAACUGAUGGAGAUAAGAAGUUACCUGAUAGUGUAGGUUAUAAUUGUUAGCUUUUUGAGCGGAGGAUAUGAAUCUAUUUUGCUUCAUGUGGAGGCUGAAGCUUUUUCUCUAUGGUGAUGAUGAUGGUCAACCGAAUACUAAUUUCAGCACAAUGCGAGUUAGAAUAUGCUCAGUUUUUGGUUGUUGCUUAGAAUCCUCUGUUUGAACAGAAGAGGGACCUUCAUGUACUUCGGUUACUCCUCCAUCCACGGUGCUUCCUUCCUUCACGAGAAGCGGUCCGGUACUCAAAUCCUUAGCUUUGGCUUCAGUAUGCUCAGGUUCUUCCUCCGCAACAAGCGGUCUGGUACUCAAAUCCUCACCUUUGGCUUCAGUAGGAUCAGGUACUUCCUCCAUGGGAAGCUGUUCGGUAGUCAUAUCUAUAGGUUUGGGUUCACUAUGAUCAGGUUCUUCCGUCUUGUAUUUGUACCAUGAGGCCCAGUACAAAUAGUUUAAAAAGUUUAGGCAGCUAAGGAUAGCUAAAAACCAGUAAAAGAGAUUUAAGUGACUCGAGUCUAAGUCUAAUCCAUGAAUCCAACCUUGUUUGCUUGAACUGGUUCUUUUGGUGAUGGCGUUUAUGACAUUGACAAACACUGUACUUAAGAAGUAGCCAAAAGAUAGUGUUAACCACGUAAAUGAUGUGGAGAGUGAUCUCAUGCCUAUCGGUGCUUCCCUGUAGAAAAAUUCCAGCAGUCCCACAAGAGUGAACAUGUCUGCAAUUCCAAAUAUUCCAUAUUGAAAGGAGAGCCAGAAGAGGCUUAUGGGCUUCAUUAUGUCCCUAUGAGCUUGAUCCCUUCUUUUAACCUCAACAAUACCGGCAAUAGCCAUUGAAAUUGCUGACAGAACAAGCCCCACACCGACACGUUGGAGUUGCGUGAUGCCCGACGGAUGUUUCGUGAUUUUUCGAGCAAAAGGGACAAAGAAAAACUCAUAGAUGGGGACCAGAAUGGACAUGAAAACCAGUGGGAUUAUCGGGAUCGAAGCAGCAGGAACGUUGAAAUUUCCAAUCUUGCGAUUCAUGAAAUUACCUUGCAUAACUGAGAAUGUCUGCAGCUGCGCCAGACAUGUGUUCAUUAUGACUGUACUGAAUAAAAUGGGCAACAUCCUGGUUAGUAUCUUAACUUCUUCAACUUGAGUCACUGUGCACACCGUCCAUGGUGUUGUCUUCGAAUCUUUCGGAACAAUUGCAGCUUUAUCUAGGAAUCUGACCAAGAAUCAUGAAUCACAGUUGGUUUCCAAAUUUUUGUUUAAACAUGUUUAGCUAUCAUACAGUCACAUCACAUUUGCAUUACCUGAAUUGGUUGGUGUGGGAGAUUAUUUCCUCCCUGAAAUCAUUUUCGGUUUUCCUGAUCUCAUACAAUUCAUCUGGACUAUCCGGCAGAGCUAGCUUACUGUUGUUUAUGGCUACUACUAUGACCUAUGAAUGAUCAUAACACAAAAGAAAUGUUUAUCACCUUUGUCACCACCCUUGUUUCUAUUUGUAGAUAUAUCCAUUCAGAAAUGAAAUGCAGGGAUAAAUAGUACUGAACCUGAGUUAUCCUUAUGAUGGGGCUAUCGGCCAUCUUGGGUUCUCGUAGGCGGUAGAAAGGCUUGCCGAGUGCAAGAACAGUGAAACCUAUGAAGGUAGCCACAGUCGAUAUGAAGAAACCCCAAUACCAUUUGUGCUUUUCAGUGGUCAGAUACACGAUCCCCGUCACUCCGACACAGGCUCCGAGUGUAGUACUGAGCAAUAGCCAGUUGAAAUACCUUGCUAGAGCUUUGGCUUCCUUGGGGUCUUUAUGAUCAAAUUGGUCACCACCAAGUGCUGGAAGAGCUCCCUUGACCCCACCGGCCCCCAAUGCCAACAACCCCAGUGAAAAGUAGAACAUCACCGCCUUGCUACCGUCUAUGCAGCUGGGCUUGCCACAGUAUGCGGGCUGCAAAUCCUUUGAAUAAGCCUGGAUUGUUACCAAUGCCAAUCCCUGCAAAUCAAAACCUUGUUUUAGUUAAGCCUAUAAGGAGGGGAGGGUCUGGGUCAAAUUAUGGUUUUCGUCCCUGCAUUGUAUUACUCAUCUUGGAGAUUUAGUUCCUCGGUUGAUGUGUAAUUUAAAAACAAAAAACAAAAUUUUCUGUGUCAUUUGAAAUGUAAAAAUAUUGUCAUUAAAAUAGUUAUGUUCUACUUUCCGAGA